AUGUCUGGGAACCAACACUCCCCAACUGGGCUUCCAGCUGCCGGCGAAGGUGCCUCUUUGCUAGCUUUACUGGAACAAGAGUACAGCGAUUUGUCUCGUGAGAUGGAAGAAGAGAAUCUUUCCCCUGGCAAUCGAAUACUUCUCGACGGAGUUGGCUUAGAGCUUCGUGUGUUUUACUUUCCUGAGAUAUGCAUCCCAGAGAUUCGUCGGAAAGGUCUGCUGAGGGCAUAUAAUACUGCCCAGGCUUUGAUUGUCAAAAUUCGAGCGGCCGAUGAGGCAACAAAUCUGAUGAGCUACUCUCCAAGCGCCUUCUACAGACUCACGAUCUUGGCUGCUCUUGUGAUCCUCAAGAUCAUAAAUUCGAGUUAUUCCAAUUUUGUGGACACAGAAAGUGGCAAAAGCACAUUUAUUUCUGCGCUGUCUUUGAUUCGCCAAUCUUCCGUGGAAGAUAAUGAUCUCCCUGGGAGAGCGUCAAAAAUCCUGGCUCAGCUUUGGAGCUUCCAAAGUCAGCGUUAUCGAAAUAUUGAGGAUCCCAGUAUCAGACUCACGACGAGAUCUUCGGCAAGUGUCCUUCAUGAUUCUUUGUGGAUGUGGAGAGACAGAUUUGGAGGCCAAAGCAGUGGUAACAACUCAUCUUCCGAUGGAACGGAAGCAGAGACAUCUGCCCGAAUGUGGAAUACACGUGACCCCCAAGCGGUCCAUGAAGCCGAUCCCCUGGACUCGAGUAAUAUUAUGGAUUGCAUGUUUGAUCUCGGAAUGCCUGCUUUUGUAUCAUGGGAGUUUGAGAGAAAUCUGGGCCACUUCCCUCCGCCUUGA